AUGCUUUGCAGAAUACAGUCAACACGAACAAGGGUCGGAUCUAGAGCUGCCCGUCUUGGCAUGCCGUUGUUUGUGACGAAUCUUGGGCCGGAGGGAAUGCUUCUGUUGCAUCUGCGCCAGAUUCUUAAGCGAGAAGAAAAGGGCAGAGACAGAACCGUCACCAGAGAGACUUGUUCCCAAUAA